GUCAGGCCAGACCUUGGGAAACAGAAAUCAGAGCUAAUGAACCAUCUAGAGACAGGCCAUGGGAGUUAGAUUUUGUACCGAAGGCAACCUAGUGUUAAUUAUAAUUGAGGAUGAUGAAGAAGUAGUUACAUGGAAAAAGGGGAAGAAGAAACCAACGCAACCACAGGAGAACUUAAGAAAGAAAGUGAAGGCAGCCAUCCUGAUCCAGGCCUGGUGGCGGGGCACCCUGGUACGCCGCACUCUGCUGCACGCAGCCCUCAGGGCCUGGAUUAUUCAGUGCUGGUGGCGACAGACCCUCGCGCAGAUGCUGGAGAAGAGGCGGCGGGCAAUGCUGAUGGCCUAUGCAGUCAGAGAGAGGGCGCUGGUCAAGCUCCAGUCUCUGGUUCGUAUGUGGCGUAUCCACUGGCGAUACUGCCAGGUGCUUAACGCCAUCUAUGUCAUCCAGUGCCACUGGCAAUGCCACAACUGCCAGACCUGUGCCUACCUCCGGGGCCACUGUGUGGUCACUGCCACUCACCUGCAGUUCCACAUUGAGAUCAUCAACUAAGAAAGGGCCCCAGUAAAGGUCUAACCUGG